GUCCAAAGCAGCUUCCCCAUUUCUAUCACGUGACCCCAAUCCGACGCCUCCAGCAGCAACAUUAACAACAGCAACAUCCAACUCACCUCCCCACCACCACCAACACGGCACCGAAAGCAAGACCACGCCCUGCCCGCCCAAAAUGCCCGUCUACCUGAUCUCCAAACUCGCAGACCCCCUCUUCGCCCUAUCCAUCGGCACCUUGGCCGCCCUCCUUCGGAUCCAAAGAGACCAGCGCGAGAAGUUCCCCGACCGAGCAAACGAAAUCAGUAUCGGGAGUGUGGUGACCAUGGGCACGAGUCGGGUGCGGAGAUGGUGGGCGGGGGAUUUCGAGGGGUUGUGA